GCUGACGUGAGAAACUCGCAGUAGCUCCCGGUACUUUACCUCGAUAACUCGUUUUAACAACUAAAAACAACCAACUUUACUGUUGAAGUGAAGAUCUAGUGGAUCCAGUGUGCCGCCGUAAAUAGUCAGCGUUUGUUGUUGUAUUUUUCUUUUAAGUGAAAGCAUUACUCUUUAGUUGAACGGAGUUGCGUUGUUUUACUUUAGCUGUGCAGUGCGCUACAUAAUAUAAGAUAAAACGCAGCAGUGAUGAUGGUCUUUGCUAAUUUAAUUGAGUGACAAAUUUUAAAAAUUGCAUAUCACGAGUUUAAAGUAUUUAGCAAAAUUGAUAUUGUGCAAGCUGCAUUAUUUCCUGCUCACAGUAAAAUCUAAUAUGGCCUAUCAAAUUCGAGGUUUCAUUGUUUUUAUUAUACUCGUCAGUGUGUGUUCAAAACAAAUCAAAGGAUCCUGCCUGAGCUACGGACAUUCAUGCUGGGGAGCUCAUGGCAAACGCGCGGGCCAACCGGGGCAUAUGGCUUCCAGUGAUGUGCCGGGAGCUGUACAAUUUCAACCACAGCAGCAGCUGGACCAAUCUCACCCACUCCCAGCUGCUUUAAAUGGCGCGGAACGGUGGGCUUUGAUAAGAGUUUUGCCAGAAAAGAAUGCAUACUACCCUUUUAACAAGAUCAUAUACCCAUCACCAGCUAUGGAAUCAUCUACGUAUGUAUACAGCGACGGUUUAGGCUCAUUUGAAUCGGAUUCCUUGAGGAUUGGUUCAGAGUCACCCAGCAGUGCAGAAGGAAAAUUAGCGGAUAAUAGCAAUGAUUUGAGAUCCCUUGUAUCAACGGAACAAAAUGUACCACCUGAGGAUGAGCAACUUCUAACGGCAGUUGCCGUCCCUAAUAUACUGCGUAAAGAUCACCACCACAAUAAAAAGACCCAAUCUAUUGCUGCAAAUCAUCGAUAUACUAGUUCAGAUAAUGGCUUCGAAGACAAUGCGAACAUUGCUCGAUUUUUACCAAAUUAUAACGACGUGAGUCAAAUAUUGCUAACUAAUGCAGCCGUAGCAGCUGCGGCAAGGUUGUCAGACAAUGAUGCAUUUCUUAAAAAUACGCAGUUCAAUCGGAAGCUGUUGACUGAUAACAAUAAAUCCUCGACCCUGCUAAACGCAUAAAUUAUUUGCAUAAAAUGAUUCCAUCAAUAAUCUAACGUAACAUUUCAAUGAUAACGUCAAGUUGCAAGCAGUCAAAGAGCGGCCAUUGUCUGGGGUAAAGGGAAAUCGGUCAAAAAUUCAGUUAAAAACAUAUAUAUAUAUAUAUAUAUAUAUAUAUAUAUAUAUAUAUAUAUAUAUAUAUAUAUAUAUAUAUAUAUAUAUAUAUAUAUAUAUAUAUAUAUAUAGAUAUAUAUAUAUAUAUAUGUAUAUAUAUAUAUAAUUUUUGUAUUCAGCGACAUACAACUCAGAGCGGGAUCACAAGUUUGCGUUAUCAAGUAGUGUAUUUCGUGACACACAAUACAAAGAGUAUAUUUUUUAUGCCCUUGGAUUAGGUGUAAGCCCAUAAUCGGGUACUAUCGUUGAAUUUUAUCGCUUGUUCCACCAUCUUCAUGCGCCUGCAAAGCAUGAAUUGCUAGGAAAAUGAUAGUAUUAACGUGUAAAUGACGAUCUUAUCACCAGUGGAUGAAUAUUGCCAAACUUUACUUCUGUUUGCACUAGAGCUCGAAAUUUGGCAAGGUUCAUCAGUGGCUGGUUUGGUGAUAGAUAUUCAUUUGCAAAAUACUUAUGUACGAAACAAAAAUGCCAGAGCAUAUGAAGAACAUUCAUUAACGUGCUUUUAUGGAUGCGUUGUUGGCGUACGCCAACCGUUUAUUCCGUGCAUAAUACGGGCACUGUUAUUCCAAAACAAACCCUCACCAACACAAUUAAUAUUGUAAAUACACUUAGACAGUAAGCAGGGAUUAUAAAAUAACAAUAUAAAUGUAAAAAUUAUAUUUCAAAUUUAAA